AUGGCUUAUUCAAAAUUUUUUAAAGAAUUAAUAAAAAAAUGCUGGAAUGCUAAUCCAUCAGAAAGGCCAAAUGCAAGGAAAAUUGUAAUAAUUCUUGGAAAUAUUUUAAAGAAAAUACGUACUAAAGAACUUGAUAUCCCCAAACUUACAAAAAUAUCAUCUGUCGAGGAUGAACCAUUACCUGCUGAAAAUAUGAAUUCUAAAUCGAUAUAUACUAGUAGACUAUUAACCUCUACAGUUUAUGAAGCA